CAAAAAUGUUGAUGUAACCGCUCAAUCGCUCCAUUCUACCCGCGGCUGUAGUAAAAUGUGUUCCAGUUUUAAUAAUAAUCGCGUUGUACGUGCUCGCAGGUGAAAAGAUUAUAAAGUAUGUCCACGUCUACGGAUUGUGUUGACACGAUAAUGUUAUCAGUUGAUCCCAAAUAACUAUCGAAACACCUCCUCGAACCUAGUCAGAAUAAAACCAGAGACCUGUGAAAGUGAAAUUUUGAAGAAAGUGUGCAGUUAAGUGUCACGUGCUGAGUAAAUAACUCAAAAUGAAUCUCAGCUGGAGUAAUAGAGUUAUUAAAUAUGUGCUUUUCAUUUUUAAUCUGCUGUUUGUGAUCAGUGGGAUUAUUAUGAUUGCAGUGGGAGUUUCAGUGAAAUCAUAUUAUACAGAAUACGAUGUAUUUUUAAACGACAGUUACUUCUCCUUACCUAAUCUAUUGAUAGCUAUCGGUUCCUUGAUUUUCUUCAUUUCGUUCUUCGGAUGUUGCGGAGCUGUCCGAGAAAGUUGGUUUAUGAUUUUCAUUUUUUCAGUUUUGUUGUCGAUUAUAUUUAUCAUGGAAUUUUCUGCCGGAAUCGCUGGAUAUGUUUUAAGAGACAAAACCACUUCAUUUUUAACAGAGGAGUUAACUAAUUCUUUGAAAAUGUACGAAUUUAACAGUAACAAACCUAAUCCUACUACAAUUAUGUGGGAUACAAUUCAGUAUGAAUUUGAAUGUUGUGGUGCUUCCAAACCGGACGACUGGGAAAAAUAUAUUACGCCGACUCCUUCUUCAACAAAAAUAGUGACUACAACAGUCCCAAGUUCAUCAUCUAGCGAAACAACGGUUUCAAGUUCAUCUCAAAAAACAUCAGCAACUUCUACAACUUCAAGUACUUCAACGGAAACUUCAACACACAAUUCUGGACUCAAAAGAAAGCGUGAAGCUGUUGCAGAAACGACAACAGUAGAAAAAGGAGACCUUCCUGCUAGUUGCUGUAAGAGCAACAAUGGAGCCACCGGAAUAAUAAAAUGCAAUCUAUAUGAUAACUCUUCUGCAACUUAUUACAAACAGGGCUGUGUGGCUGGCUUUGGUGACUAUCUAAAAGYUCAUGCAGUCACUUUGGGAGGAGUCGGAAUUGCGAUUGCAUUUAUACAGCUUUUUGGUGUAAUCUUGGCCUGUCAUUUGACCAAACAGCUGAAGCAUGGUUUUUAUAGUACGUAAAUCGUGUAGUAUUACCAUAAAAUAUUUUUAAAGAGUAUAAUUAAUAUUACAUUUUGAUUUAUUGUUACUUAUUUGAAAUAUAGUUACUAAACAAUUGUCUGUAUUUUUGUUAACAGUGUUAGACUUUAGCACAUCUUUUAUUGUGGUGCUAUAAAAAUUAUCAUCGAUUAAUAUUUUUUCUAGGAAGAUAUGAUAUGAGGUGAUUAGUCUCUUAAAUCUAAGCUUAAUAUUGUGAUAUCUUUACUGUUUUGGAAUUGCCAUUUGUUGAAUUUUUGUUUUGUUUUAACCGUUUCUACUAAAUUCACAAUGUUUUUGCGUCAUUGUGAAAAAAUUAGGGGCAAUAUAAAAAAAUCUUUUAUUACUUGUUCUACAAAAAUAGAUUUUACAGCGUAUUAUUCAACCACAUGGCCCCCUAAUACUAAAGGUAUUGUUGCACCUUUUUAUUUUAUGAUUAUUUAAUUAACGAACAAAUUUCGUUCUUUUUAUAUCUAAAAAAUUAAUUUGUUAGAUGCAUUUGUAUUGAGCUCUUGUUCCUAAUUUGUAUGUAAGUAAGUUAUGUUUACCUAUUAAUUCUGCUUACCAACAUAUUGUUAUACGACUUUUGAAUAAAAAUUACGUCACUA